AUGGCUCUGAUGUUCAUGGGGCAUGCUUUAUUUCUAACAUUAGUGAUGUUUGCCGUCUUCACUUUUGAAGAAUCUGUAAGCAAUUACUCUGAUUGGGUGACUUUCAUAGGAAAUGUAGUUCAGUAUGAAAAACAGCAACUUGAAGGUCUUAGUGCUGAGCAGAAGCUGAAAAAAACAGUUCUUCAUCCAGGCUUGUAUUUCGACGCUGAAGAUGUCCAGGCACUGAGGCAGAAGACUCAUACAAGCCAUUCCCAUCUAUUUAGAGCCAUCAGAAGUGCGGUUAUGGUUAUGCUGUCCAACCCAUUAUACUACCUGCCUCCACCCAAGCACAUUGAUUUUGCUGCAAAGUGGAAUGAGAUUUAUGGUAACAAUCUGCCACCUCUAGCAUUUUAUUGUUUGCUGUGCCCUGAAGAUAAAGCUGCAUUAGAUUUUGCUCUAGAAUAUAUGGAUAGAAUGGCUGGCUACAAAAACUGGUUGGUUGAGAAUGCACCUGGAGAUGAAGUACCACUCGGUCACUCCCUAACAGGAUUUGCCACUGCUUUUGACUUCUUGUAUAAUUCGCUGGAAAAUGAGAGAAGGCAAAAAUACCUGGAGAAGAUAUGGUCUGUAAGCGAGGAAAUGUAUGAGUACUCAAAGGUUCGUUCCUGGGGAAAGCAGCUUCUCCAUAACCACCAAGCAACCAACAUGCUUGCUUUGCUUAUUGGGGCUUUAGUUGCAGGGGUGGACAAAGGAUCUCAGGCAAAUAUUUGGAAACACACUGUUGUUGAUGUGAUGGAGAAAACAAUGUUUCUGCUCAAUCACAUUGUAGAUGGGUCUCUGGAUGAGGGGGUAGCUUACGGGAGUUACACAGCCAAGUCAGUAACCCAGUAUGUUUUUCUGGCCCAGCGCCACUUUGGUAUUAAUAACUUGGAGAAUAACUGGCUAAAAAUGCACUUUUGGUUUUACUAUGCCACCCUGUUGCCAGGCUUUCAGAGGACUGUGGGCAUAGCGGAUUCUAAUUACAACUGGUUUUAUGGUCCUGAGAGCCAACUGGUUUUCUUGGAUAAGUUUAUCAUGAAGAAUGGAGCUGGCAACUGGCUGGCACAGCAGAUUAGAAAGCACAGACCCAAGGACGGGCCAAUGGUGCCGUCCACUUCACAAAGAUGGAGCACACUGCACACUGAAUUUAUAUGGUAUGCUGCCGAAAUCACUCCUCAGCCACCUCCUGACUACGGUACUGCUAAAAUGCAUGUGUUUCCUAACUGGGGAGUUGUUACUUACGGGGCUGGCUUGCCAAACACUCAGGCAAACACCUUUGUGUCCUUUAAGUCUGGAAAACUCGGUGGACGUGCUGUCUAUGACAUUGUUCGCUUUCAGCCGUAUGCCUGGAUUGAUGGGUGGAGAAGUUUCAAUCCGGGACAUGAACAUCCUGAUCAGAACUCUUUCACUUUUGCUCCCAAUGGACAGGUGUUUGUAUCUGAGGCUCUUUACGGACCUAAACUCAGCCACCUGAACAACGUCUUGGUCUUUGCUCCAUCUCCUACGAGCCAGUGCAACCAGCCUUGGGAGGGACAGCUUGGUGAGUGUGCCCAGUGGCUGAAGUGGAUUGGUGAUGAGGUUGGAGACUCAGCUGGAGAAAUUAUAACAGCCUCCCAGGCUGGAGACAUGAUGUUUGUGAGUGGUGAAGCGGUAUCUGCUUACACAUCAGCAAUGAAAUUGAGAAGUGUGUAUCGCGUUUUGCUGCUUUUAAAUUCUCAGACAUUGUUAGUAGUAGAUCACAUCGAGAAGGAGGAAGACUCUCCUGUUAAUUCUGUCAGUGCCUUUUUUCAUAAUCUUGACAUUGAUUUUAAAUACACACCCUAUAAGUUUAGGAACAAAUACAAUGGAGCUAUGAUGGAUGUGUGGGAUGCCCACUACAAGAUGUUUUGGUUUGAUCAUCAUGGGAGUAGUCCUGUUGCUAGGAUACAGGAGGCAGAACAAGCUGCUGAAUUCAAAAAGCGAUGGACUCAGUUUGUAAAUGUUACCUUUCCAAUGAAAGACAUGCUUACAAGGAUUGUUUACCUUUUCUAUGGCCCGUAUGUCAAUGUUUCUAACUGCAGGCUCAUAGAUAAUGCAAAAACUGGAUUUCAGAUUUCGCUCAGCGUUAACAACACUGAAAAUACCAUCUCUGUUGUGACUGAGUAUCAGAAUUUAAAGACAAGGUUUGAUUACUUGGGAUUUGGUGGUUUUGCCAAAGUAGUUCAUGAAAACAAAGUGACCAAGUUUGGUCUAGGUACUGAAUCUGUGGAAAAACGGAUAAAAAAUGAUAGGGUGGUUUUCCCUUUUGGAUUCAAGGUGAACAUAAUUGCAGGGUUAAUUCUGGGUGUUAGUUUGGUCAUACUGGCUUUUCAGUGGCGGUUUUACAUAUCCUUCAGUAAAAUGUUGCGUUGGAUCCUGAUACUGGUUGUCACACUGUGGCUUAUUGAAUUAGUGGAUAUGUGGAGCAUGUGUACUCAGCCCAUCUGUGCAAAAUGGAGCAGUGACAUGACAAGGCUAGAACGUGAUAAAGGCAAUAAAGCCAAAAAAUUAGAAGGAAACCCUGUUGUUUUGCCAGAUGUUGUCAUUACUUCUCUUCCUGCUUCUGGUGCAGAAAUUCUGAAACAGCUGUUUUUUAAUAGCAGUGACUUCUUAUACAUUAGGAUACCUACACCCUAUCUUGAAAUUCCAGAGACUGAAUUUGAAAUUGAUUCCUUUGUAGAUCCAUGUGAAUGGAAGGUUUCUGAUGUCCAGAAUGGUCAUUUUCGUCUUGUCCAAGGGUGGCUUCAGUCUCUAGUUCGAGACACAAAGUUACAUUUACAAAACAUUCAUUUAUAUGAAGCCAGCAGAAGUAAAACUGCUCAGCAUUCUGCCAUAAGCAAGGACAAAAAGAAGAGAUCCAAAAAGAGAGAAGCUCUGUCAGAGCAAAGAAGCAGGGCAAGAGGGAGUCAAGAUAAAGAUGCUGAACAUAUUAGGCAACUGAGAAGACAUCUCGCUUAUUAUCCUAAUGCGCGACCUGUGCUUAGUUUAAGUAGUGGGAGCUGGACAUUAAAGCUUCCCUUCUUUCAGGAAAUCCUAGGACCGUCAAUGAGAGCAUUAUAUGUAGUAAGGGACCCACGGGCGUGGAUCUAUUCAAUGUUGUACAAAAAUAAGCCAAGCAUUUACUCCUUGAAAAAUGUUCCAAAACGCUUGGCUGCAAUGUUUAAAGGGGAGAAUGGUAAAGGAAAAUGUAGUUUAAAUGAAGGCUAUGCAUUUGAAUAUGAAUCAUUAAGAAAAGAACUUUCAAAUUCUAAUCCGAAUGCUGUUUCUGUGUUGUCCCAUUUAUGGCUAACAAACACAGCAGCAGCACUAAGAAUAAAUGGGGACUUGCAGCCAACAAAUUAUCAGCUGGUUAAGUUUGAAGAUAUCGUGAGCUUUCCUCGGAAGACGGCUGAAACAAUUUUUGCCUUUCUUGGUAUUCCUCUUCCUCCCGCUAGUUUAAACCAAAUAUUAUUUGCCACCUCCACCAGUCUUUUCUAUCUUCCUUACGAAGGGGAAAUUUCACCAAGUAGCAUUCAUGCCUGGAAACAAAACAUGCCCAAUGAAGAGAUUAGACAGAUUGAAGAUAUCUGUUGUUCUCUAAUGGACCACUUAGGAUACCCAAAGUUCAUAGAGUAA